AACUCAUUGUCUAUAUAUUGUCCACUUUGCCUCUCUUUUCUCUCUUCAUACCAUUCUACUAUUAAUUCCUUUCAAUGACCAAAUUUACGAACUCUAGUAUUCCCUUAAUUCAGCCUCUACGAAUUCUCCAAUUCCUUAAAAAAGAAGUAACCAAAGCCAAAGGAGUAGAAAAGAAGAAUGAAGCCGGAGAGAUGACCGCCGGUGGUGGCGGUGACGCUGGAGAGAAGACCAUCGGCAGUGGCGGUGACGCCGGCGGAAAAUUAGACGAUGGGCUCGCUACCAUCCUGUUAAAACUCGAUUUGCAUUGUGAAGGUUGUGCCAAGAAAGCCAAACGUUCAAUUCGCCGAUUUGAAGCUGUGGAAGACGUAAAGGCGGAUUACAUCAGUGGGAAAUUGACGGUAAAAGGGAAUGUGGAUCCCUUAUGGCUCCGGGAGAUGGUUGAAAACAAGACAAAGAAGAAGGUGGAGCUCAUUUCGGCUCAACCCAAAAAGGACAGUGGCGGCGGCGACGACGACGGAGAUAAAAAAUCCGAUGACAAAGUUGAGAAAAAGGCCGAGGAGAAGAAAGGGGAAGAUAAAAAGCCCAAGGAGCCUCAAUUUAACACUGUGGUACUGAAGAUUCGGCUGCAAUGUGACAGGAAUGCACAAAAAGCAAAGCGAAUUAUAAAGAAAAUCGAUGGAGUGGAAGAAGUGAGUGUAUCUCUAGAAAAAGAUUUGGUGACAGUGAAGGGAACAAUGGACGUAAAGGAGCUAACAUCAUCUUACUUGAAAGAUAAAUUGAAGAGGAACAUAGAUGUUGUUACACCAAAGAAAGAUGGUGAAUUAAAAGUGGCAAGUAUAGAGCAAAAGACAGAGGUGAUCAACAAAAUGGAAUACUAUGGUUACACUACUCCAAAUACGUACUAUGCAAUGCCAAUUUACAAUCACAAUUACAUGGAUCAAGCUGAUUAUGGCUUGGCAAUGCACAAUCAUCAAAUGGUUACAGGCCAAGAUUAUGAUCAUACUGGCUAUGUGCCCCCACCAUACUUAACAGCGCCUCAAAUGUUCAGUGAUGAAAAUCCUAACGGUUGCUCUAUUAUGUGACAAGAUUACAAAUAUAUAAGUUCAGCUAAAAUGUAAAUAUAUAACUAUAUAUAGAGUUUAGUAUAUACAGAAUCAUAUAGAUGAAAUCAUAGUUUUUGUCUAGGAAAUACAGGUUAGACAGAAACAGUUAAGCUGCAGCAUGUGAAUUAUUUGGUUUCAUUUAUUUAGUUCACAAGAGAUCAGCAAAGAUACCUUAAUGGUUUCUUGUGGCAUCAUUUGAAUUGUCUUCUUGACACUAUUUGUUUAGACUUGUAAAUUUUAAGUUUGCAAUAAUAUCAUUCAAUUGUUGUGCAAA